AUGUCACAUCCGGCAUGUUUACCACCUCGUCCAUCCCAUACGUUUAGUCUACGGACUGUUGAGAAGUUGUAUCAACGACAUUUGGAGAAUGUUGGGGCGCAUGUACGACCAGAACAGAUCCCGAGUUUUGUUGAGGGUGUGCGAAGAAAUCUUGCACGUAUAGAAGAGGUUCUACGGUACCGUCUGCAACGUCCAGCUCCUGUACCAAACGGAGAAAGAGAAUAUCCACUUUUAUCAAAGUUUGAACGUCUACGUGUUAGUCACAUUUUGGCUGAUGUUGUCCUUGACAUCGCCACUAUAUCUAUAGUAAGCAGCAGUGAAACGUAUGACGCUGUGGUAAAUACCAAUACUGCCGUUUCUCUUGCGAUUCCCCGCGUGGGUGCAACACCUUUGCUCUUUUGCGAUACGGAAGAAACUCCAUGUUUUCACCCGUGUGAACACUCCAGCGGGGCGGGUGGAACUGUGGAAUCGGCACCACUUGCUGCAGUGGGAGAUGUGUCACUUACGGCUUCUCUAAAGAAUGCAAUAGGCCACUCAUCAAUGACAGAGAUGAGGCAAAACUCUGGUGAACAACAACAAGUGGAAGAUCGAGGUCGGCAACGAGAGGAAACAACAUUUGUUACUGCAACUUCAAAUACAACAAGAACAACAACAACGGCACUGUCACUAUCGAAAUGUAAUAAUAAUAAUACUAAUACUAAUAAUAGUCUGGGUAGUAGCGGUCUCCUUGGUAGUGAUGGAGAGAGUGACCCACCAAGCGCAGCAAUGAGUCGUCCCAACCAUUUUUUAAUGGGAUACCAGAAAACUAUGAGAAGUGCUUCUCCUACUGCAGAGCGUUUACAAGGUGUACCACCAAGUUUACAACAACGUCAAAAUACGAUGGUAAGUGUAGAUAGUUCAGGGAACAGUAGUACUAAUAGACGCACAUGGAUGCAUGACUAUUCGCAUGAUACGACAGGGUUUCAAUACCCCCUUUCGUACAGUGAAUCACCGCUUUCACCAACAUCAGUGCGCUUUAAACCAGUACUGUCCAUGCAUUCUGGAGCAGAGAGUUCAACAACAUGUCCGCAACACCCCCGAAAGCCUAGAAAAUACUAUGACAUUGAUCUUCAAAAAUUAAGUGAGUUUACAUAUUGUCUUCGAGCAAUACAAGAACUUGACUUUACAGAGAGUGAUUUUGAGAAAGCAGGUUUACGGUACGCUAUUCCUGGUAUAAGAGAGUUAGACCCCAGUGAGGCGCAAUCAUUCAAUGAUCGAAUGGACGAGCGUUACAACUCUUCAAAUGACUUAUUCAACCCAGGAGGUGAAGAAGAAUUUACCGUAAAGAGAACUAUCUCACUAACAACGACUGGAGGAGGCACCGAAACAGAUGGUAGAAGUGUUUGUCCUUUCCAACGGGAAAAUAAUUCAAGCCCAAGUACCACUCCACCGCCUAUGACAGUAGAUAUGCCUCUCCAAGAGAGCGAAUUACAAAGUGUGACACGUGUAUCCACUUCACGAUCGCUCACUUCUAACAAACCUACACAUGGAACACCACAAAGUGAAACUAGUGCAACCUCGCCCCAACCACCACCAGUACCUGUAAAGGAUCAUUGUUUGCCACUAUUUCGAGGUGGGAGAGAUGCUAUUGUAAAGAAAAAACAUUUCCAGUUGUUUGUAGCCAUGGUUCAACAUCGACUUAAACAGGUCGAUCAAGAAGUCGAUGGCCUGCUACAUAUUUAUGGGGCUGAUUUAGCCUCUAGCAGUGGAGAAGAAGAUACAACGUACACCUCAUGA